AUGUUAUUUUGUCCGACGUGUGCUAACAUUCUUAUGGUAGAAGAACGUCCGGAAUCAGGAUUACGUUACGCAUGUAACACGUGCCCGUAUGUUUAUAAUAUAAGGAAAAAAGUAUCUUCUCGGUCAUUUCCUAAAUUAAAGGAGCUUGAUUAUAUUAUGGGAGGAGCUGCUGCAUGGGAAAACGUGGAUUCUACGGAUGCAGUUUGCCCUAAGUGUGGUCACGGCAGAGCUUACUUUAUGCAGCUUCAAACUCGUUCUGCUGACGAACCUAUGACAACUUUCUACCGAUGCUGUAAUCACGAGUGUGCACAUAACUGGCGCGAUUAA